AUGAAUGCUCAUAUGGAAGGCGGUUCCACGACUCGCCCACCACUGCUUACUGGAACCAAUUACUCUUAUUGGAAGACCAAGAUGAAGAUGUUCAUCAAGUCAAUGGAUGAAGAUGCAUGGCGCACAGUUCUGACUGGCUGGAAACGACCUGUUGCCACAGAUGAAAAAGGAAUUCAAACUGAGAAACAUGAAAAAGACUGGAGCAAAACUGAACAGAUUGCCGCAAAUAUGAAUUCCAAAGCAUUGAAUGCCAUAUUCAAUGGAAUUGAUAUCAAUCAAUUCAAAAUCAUCUCAGCAUGUGAGUGUGCCAAGGAAGCAUGGGAAAAACUUCAAACAGCCUAUGAGGGGAAUACCUCUGUUAGAUUAUCAAAACUUCAGAUGCUUGCUACUCGAAAGUUUACUCGUCACGAGAGAUGGAUGAAAGAAUACAACGAGAGAUUCACAAUGUCGUCCAAGAUCAAGGAGAAGCACUAUUCGAAGCAUGGGAGAGAUUCAAGACCCUUUUGA